UCAUUCAUCAGGCCGUUUCCUGAAGCCAUUUCUAGACGGGGGAAACGAGAGUUGCGCUACUUUUUAAUCCGUUGCAUCUGCCUAAAUGCACUUACAGGAGGAAAAAUACUUUACAAAAGUCGAUAGUUCAGACACUCGUCUUCACUUCGGUCUGAUUAUUUUUGUCACUAUCGCGGCGGAUUAGCGGCCACACGGGCUCGAAAGUUGAGAGACAAGAAAGGGGUUACCCCGAAUACGCAAGAUGAGAAGAGGGAUCUCCUCGGCUCCGGACAAAGUGAUUUUAGCGGGGGUUGGGGGCUCUCCUCUGGACAAUAAUAUCAUUUUAACUGCCCUGUCGGAUCGUUUAAACCCCGGUCAAUCCAACGCUACGUAUAUCCAAAUAAUAACCACACCACCGCCUUGCAACGUUACACAGACAUCCAAUGUGUGUUUAUCCGAGCCUCAGGUUAACAACAUUUACACAACUCCACAACAAGCUGCAGCGAACGGAGCCGGACAACGACCCGCACUGGGGAGACCGCCGGCGAAAAGGCGGUUGGCGCUCGAUGAUUCAGACCACCAGUACCAGUCAGAACCAGCCAGAACUCCACGAGGCCGAGGAGGAGGCACAGCGGCCAACGGGGCUCGAUUAAAGACACCCAGAACGCCCAAGUCGCCACCAGAGAAGACGCGGUAUGACACGUCCUUGGGCCUGCUAACAAAAAAGUUUGUCGACCUUCUUGCUCAGUCUUCUGACGGCGUUCUGGACCUCAAUCUUGCUGCUGAAACCUUACAGGUACAGAAAAGACGCCUUUAUGAUAUCACCAACGUGCUCGAAGGAAUUCACCUCAUCAAGAAGAAAUCGAAGAACAACAUUCAGUGGAUGGGCUGUAGUCUGCUGGAGGUAGAGGGGACACUGACCCAGAGACAAAGACUGACGGCGGAAGUUUCUGCGCUCGGUGAAGAAGAGCAGAGACUCGAGCAGCUCAUCCAGAGAUGCAGCCUGGAUAUGAGGCACAUGAGCGAGUUACCAGGCAACCAGAAAUACUCCUAUGUAACAUAUCAAGACAUCAAACAGUUGGGAAACCUCCGAGACCAGACUGUGAUUGUCGUCAAAGCGCCCACAGACACCAAACUGGAAGUGCCGGACCCUGAUGAGAGUUUGUCCAUCCACCUAACCAGCACCAAGGGUCCAAUAGAAGUGCUGCUGUGCCCGGAUGAGGAGAAUGACCCCAGGAGUCCUAUAAAAAACGGCAACACGGACAUCAACGGAAACUCGCCUUUCCUCAAAGUGGUUCAAGAUCCCAGCUGCACGGCUCCCGCUCCCAGCUCCUUCCUGGCUCCGCCUUCCUCUUCCUCAGCUGUCUCCGUCACAACUCUCUCCCCCAUCUCGUCCCCGUACACCAGUCUCCUCCAGCAGACAGAAGAUCAGAUCCCUUCAUCCCUGGGGCCUUUCUUAAACCUUGGGCCUCCUCUCCUGGACCAAGACGACUACCUUCUAGGUUUGGGAGAUGAUCAGGGAAUUAGCGACUUGUUUGACGCCUGUGACUUCGAUAAAAUGCCUUCACUUGGUCUGGAUGAUCUCCUGUGCAGCUAGCAUAAGCUAAACGUAAUAGAUGGAGAUUAAACACUGAGGGCUUUUUUCUGUCCCACAGGGACCGAACACCGUGGUCUUUCAUGGUGUGAGUGAUAAGUGGCCUGGUCAGUGUGAAGCCUUUGCCAUCUUUUUUUUUUUGUUGUUUUUUUUUAAGUGGAUGGUAAUUUACACAGGUGGUUGGUGAAGUACAAAUGGGGACAGGAAGGGUGUCUAUACUCUCUGUAUGGUGUACAGAGAGAGCAACUAAGACAGAACAGCUGUAAGGAAAACACUCCAGCACCACCUGGCAUUACUGCAUGUCCCGGGUCUGGUUUAAGAUAUCAGCAUGACGAUCCAAAGCCAUCAGUAGAGCAGGGAAGUGUUAAAUCUGAACGCAUCCUGACUGGUUAAGACGUGGUAAUGCCAGGUGCUGUGUGGAUGAGAUUCUGAAGGAUUUUUUUUUUACUGUUUUCAUUCUCUUACACCAAUGAUCUGUGAAUGAAGGCUUAUACUGCUGACUGUUAAAUAGAAAUCUUUUGUGUGCAAAUGUAGAGCAUUUUAGAAAUUAAAAAUAACUAUAAAAAAAAAAGACAACAGGGCGAUUGUGAUGCACAGCACUCGUGACUACAGCUAUGGUUUGGUUGGGCAGGCUGAAGCUUCGGCCACCUGUCUCGUUCCUACUCGGGCACUUGUCAGGCUACCUGUUACAGAUUUGGCCUUCUAACUCUGAAGUUAAUGAGAGUGUUUAUACUGUAUACAUUUAGGGGUUACUCCCUAUUGAAAGGUUGCAUGGAAGAAUGUUUUUGAGUACCCGUUUUCAAAUUGAACCUAUGAAAUGGCAACGAAAAAUACUAGGAGUGUGUACUCUAAAUGCUCUUAAACAUCAGUCUGUCAUUAACUGCACAUUUUUUUACAGUGCAAUGAUGAAUGCGAAAAGAUGCCUCACCUCACAUAACCCAGAAACUUUUGUUUAGUUGCUAACAGAGUCCAUAAAAGCCAUCCCUUCUGGGUAAUGUGGGGUUUCGCUGAACCAGCAGAUGUUUAAAUCUGACCUGUUAAAGCAAAAAAAACAAAAAAAAACAAAAUCAACUCUUAUUGAUACUUUGUGAAUUCAGGACUCAGAUCCUUAGAUGUUGCUGCUUCUUACCGGUCGGCUCCAUCUUCAUCAGCAGAAGUCGCCAUAACCAAACUUCUUCUAACGCCUCCUUGAACUGUGCUGUGCAAUUAUACGUUGGUUUGAGUUUGAAUCACGUAUGCACGCUGCUUAUCCAGUGUGUGGAAAGCAAUUUUGGUGAGUAUUGGUCUUAUUAAGUUCAAUAGCCGUUGAAUUUUAAUGGAUUUUAAUACCGUAGUAAUAACUGACAUCACGGACCUGAUGGCCCCUAAUUGAGACAUGUCAUGAAAAAAAGAAGAUUCACAUACAGCUGUAAUUGAACUGAAUUCAGUGCAGCCAAGCUUUAGCAUCGUAGCCACUUAACGAUUCGUCAGGAAAAAGCUAAAAUAGAAGCUGAAGGGAUGUGAUGUCAAUUCUAUCAUUACAUCCCAGAUGCAAACAUCUUACCUGAAACCUGGCUUUUAGAGAUCACAGGGAAUAUUGCUGCUGUUAUUGUUGACUCCCCCCCCAACCCCUGACUUGAUUGAUGUGCGCUUGAGCAAUUGCGUGUGCAGCGUGUACGAGUUUUGUCCGAUCAAGCUUGCUAAAGAGUGAGCCUGCCAUGUGUAAAUUGAUGUAUAGUUUUCUAAUUUUUUCAGUGCACAAGGUACUGUAGGCUACCUCUCACUUAACGUUGGACAGUAGUAAUAGGGCGUAGAGGUAAAUGCCGUAGUGUGGAUGAGUCUUCUUUUUUUUUUUUUUUCCUGUCAGAAUUUGCCCUUUGUGUUAUUUAGCAGUGACGUUGAAUAUUACAUCGCACUUUUGUCUUUCUCACGCGUGCGAGAUUCCACUCAUAGCAUUGCUCACAAGCCGGUUUUAAAUUUGACUAUUGGGGUGCAUGGGUAGAAAAGUGGAUCAAUGUAUUGCAAUAUAUUUUUUUGGUAUCAUUUCAAUAAGUUAUUUAGUUCUUUUUUUUCUUUUUUGUUUUGGAUCAAACCCAGAGCAUCUCUUUGACCCCUAAUAAUAAUAAUAAUAAUAAUAAUGCAUGUGUUUUCAUGCAGUCAUUCAUCCAUAGUUUGCGUAACAAUCCUUCACUGGUCAUGAGGAGACUCUGCUGUGUCUCCAUACACCACUGAACCAGGAUCAGUGAUUUGAUUGUCGUCUGCUUUGCUUCUGUGACACCGUGUGUCCGUUUUGUUUUUUUUGGAAUGUUGUUCGGGAGUGUGAUGCUUUUUAAAAAGGAAACAAAAUAUAUAUAUUUCUGCCGAUUUCACUUUGUUGGAGAGAACUGAAGUUAAAGCUAAAACGGAUCGUUGAAGUUGUAGAAAUGACCUCAACCACUCGUUGCUCAGUUUAAACAGUGCCACUGUCAGAAAUGACCGAAAUUUUACUUCAAUGCACACAAAAUGUCCGGAUUCACCAAGUACAACUUCUAUAUUUAUAUCCGUGCUGUUUACAUGUGUUCUUUGGAAAGUCGAGCUCAUUUUCCUCCCCAUUUCGUUCACUGACCACACUUCCACUUUGUACAAUUUCCACAGGUAACUCUAUUUUUCUCAUCUGUUUCAAGCAGUCGGAAUCUGGUUGAAAUAUUUUAUCCUCUUUUACGUGACGGAAACAGGAUUUUUUUUUUUUUUUGGAAAGCUUGUACCUUUCCAUAAGUUUUUCUAAUGGAAUGUUAAAGGUUUUAAUGCACCGCUGAAGCUAGUGUCUUGUAUAAUGGGUGAAUUAAAAUUGCAGCUCAUUCAUUUCUAAUGUGUGAUUCUGAUAUGUGAUUAGAUCUUACAGAAAAUUAUCAUUAGGCUAAAUAUGGUGUUAACUAUAGUCAAGAUUGAAACAGCAUUUGUUUUUUUUUUUUCUUUUCCUGCUAUUUUCUUAUGGUUAUUCUUAAGCUGUUACCAAAUACGAUAUACUGAUCCGUAAAUAUUCUGUAAAGGUUAUGUGAAAAGUUAACUAUUUGAUAGGAAAGAAUUGACUGUAAAAUUAUGGUAUUGCUGCCUGUUUUCCACUAACUACAGAGAAAAGAGCAAUUUGCAAUUUGAACGCAUGGGUGAAAGUGCUGUUGAAUGUUUAAGAUAAACUAAUUUGAUGUUUUUGAUGUGUGUUAUUCAGUUAUAUAAGUUGUUUCUGUACAUCUGUUAAAUGAGGAAUUUGAGUUGUAUUUGUGUGCGGGGGGGAGGGGAGGGAGGGAUAAAUGGAUUUGUUUUUGUACUUUGGGCAUUUGUAAUUGAAAAUUUGAAUAAAGGCAAUAUAAAUAAGGAAA